UUAUUAAUACAUUGGUAUUUCUUAGUCCGAUUAAAGAUAUGACUGACUGGCGUUAACAUAACAGUUGAUAAGAAUUCAAAGCAUUUUUCAUUAUCAGUAAAAUUGCAAGUAAUCUUACCAUAUCAAAACAAAUAGUAGAAUGUUAGAUUGUCGUGUUUAUCUAGCACGUAUUAGGUCAGUAGUGAAUUGAAAGGCCAACGAACAUGUCCAAGCCAGCAUUUGUAUCGCAGGUGUCCAAGGAUAUCGGAGGACUGCCUACCUGGCUUAAUCAGCAUGAGUUGCAGAGUUUCAUAUUAGAAAGUAAUCCAAAAGUUCAAGAUAUUAUAAAGAUCGUUAGCAGAUCGGAAAUAUUCUCACAAAAUGUACUGAGUGUGCAAAUCCAAGUUAAAUUAACUGACAACUCCACACAAGUUUUGAAUUACUUGGUAAAAUCAAACGAGCAGACAACUAGUAUUUCUAGUACACCAAAGUUUCCAAGGCCGUACAACUUUAAAUUAGAGCUGCACAUGUACAAUGAGGUCUUGCCAGUACUCAAGAACCUAUAUAAGAAUGUGGGCAAGCAGAUAACCUUCAGCCCUGAUAAUCAUAGCAGUAAGGGAUCAAAUCACCUGUAUUUGGCAAAUCUGCAGACCAAAGGCUAUCGGACUAUCAUUCAGCCUAAAGGUUUGAUAAAAUCUGCAAUGAUGGCAAUUCUUUCCAAACUGGCUGCUUAUCAUGCGGCUACUGCGUGUUAUCUUCAAUUGACUCCUACUCACUUAAAGGCCCAAUUAAAACGGAAUUUAGGGAACGAAACAGAUGGAGAAAUUAUUCAACGUAAAACUUUGUUGCAGCGAAAGUUUAGCGAAAGUUUGCGCUCAAAUGGUCUUCAGCACUAUGAGGAUAAAGUGGUCAGAAGUAUUGACACACCCGAUCUGAAAAGAUCUUUCAAUGUUAUUUCCAUUGGAGCUUGUUGGCCCAACAACAUUCUUGGCAGUUUCGAUGCCUUUGGCGAAGUUAAGGAUGUAGUUUUCAUUGAUUUCGGUAAUUCCAGCUAUAGAUCUGCUGCACAUGAUCUAUUUGAGAUACUUCUGACGGUACCUGUCGAGAAAACUGAGAACUUUGAUGCUUUCCUGAGGUAUUAUCACGAUGAGCUCCUCAUCAAUUUGAAGUUGCUCAAGUUCAAGGGAAAUUUACCUACGCUUACAGACCUGCAGCUAGAUCUAUUGAAUUAUGGCUAUGAGGCAGAAGAAUUAAUCGUUUUGGAGGAUUUGCGUAAUCGAGGCUUUAAAAACACAAAUCGUCAAAUAGGCUUAGAUUUGGAUCAUACCCAAAUUGUGCUGGAAAAAUUAGCCCAGUUCCAUGCAGCUUCGGCAGUAUAUUAUGAGCUAAAGGGACCAUAUCCAAACCUCUACGAUCGAAAUCUUUGCAGUGAAGAGGACAAAUUUCAAGAGUUUCGCGAUACCCAAGCCAACUCCCUCAUUGCUGCUCUUCCUCUCUUUGAGGCAGAACACUUGACAUCCGCAUUGAAAUCUUACACUUCAAGGGCACCUGAUAUGUAUCAGGCGUUUGCUGCAAAAUUCGACAAUGAAUUUCGAUGCCUCAACCAUGGAGACUUCUACUGCAAUAAUAUUAUGUUUCAAUACGAUGAAAGUGGUCGGAUUUCCGAAACAUACUUUAUAGAUCUGCAAAUGAGUCGCUAUUGCUCGCCAGCUCAAGAUCUAAUUUAUUUUAUACUUUCCUCUGUUUCGAUUAAUCUGAAACUCUCGAAAUUUGAUUAUUUAAUAUCUUUUUACCACAGUAAACUAGUUGAAAAUUUGAAACUCUUACAAUACUCUAAGAACUUGCCAACAUUAAGGGAUUUACACAUUGCGAUCUUCAAUCAUGGAGAUUGGGCUUAUCCAGUUAUAUCUCUAUUGUUGCCACUUGUGCUGAUCGAUCCCAAUGAGAAAUCCAACAUGGAUACACUAAUGGAUCAAGAGAAAGAAGGAAAUCAGUUCCGUAACACAAUGUUCAGCAAUCCUCGAGUUAUACAGCACUACAAGCUAAUUUUGCCAUGGGCGUUCAAUCGUGGAUUAUUUGAAUAUGAAAAAAGCAAAACUGAAGCUAGUUUAUAUUAUUGUAGAGUACAAAUUGUAGUAAAACACAUGCCCCGGUUCUUGAAAGCUCAAUAUCAGGAAAUUCCAAAAGAGCUGUAA